AUGGCAACUGAAGAUAUGGAUCGAUAAUUAAAGAACUCUGGGCAGAUGCCAAAAAGUCAUGAAAGAUACGCUUAUAUUCAGAAUUGCUCAUUAAAGAAAGCUAGAUGUGCAAGGGAUCAAAAGAAAUGGAAUUUGGCAAAUUCACUUAUGCCAUCAUAUCUGACAGGACUUCUUUUGAGAGUCUUUUAAUUUUAAGGUUUUAUUAAUCUAAAAUAACUUAAUGAACUUAAGCAUAAAUCAGCAAGCUCAUAUUUCCAGUUUUUAGCCAAAGAAAAUCCAUGACCCAAUUCUAUUACCCAAGGAAGCUUUAACUGUAUGGUACAAAAGCAAACUGGAGAUCCCUCGCAACAGCUAUACUUGGACUACUAAUACAUAAUCGUCCCUCUAAAUUUAAUUUCUCUUAUGAAUUUUAUC